UUUAUCAGUAUUUGAUUUGACUCUGAUCAGAGUUCAUUAGAAUUUAUUCUGUUGCAAUUGGCAGAACAGUUUGGUAGCCUAUGAAUAUACGCUAUUUUUUCAUCUAAUCCUUUGAGUGGAAUUUGUGAUCUUAAAUAAUAAUACUUGUAAUUAAAUCGGUAUAAAUCUAAUUAAAAAUGGCGAAAACUAGAGUUUAUGUUGUUGGUGUUGGUAUGACAAAGUUCGAAAAACCGGGUAGACGGGCUGACGUCUGUUACCCCGAUAUGGCAAAGGAAGCCAUCACUAAAGCUUUAAAGGAUGCAAAACUGGACUUUACAGAAAUACAGCAAGCGGUAGCUGGUUAUGUUUAUGGAGAUUCCACCUGUGGUCAACGUGCGAUAUAUGGUGUAGGUAUGACAGGUAUACCAGUAUAUAAUGUCAACAACAACUGUUCCACUGGCUCCAGUGCACUUUAUUUGGGGAAACAAAUUAUUGAGUCGGGUAACGCUGAUUGCGUUCUAGCUGUGGGCUUCGAAAAGAUGGAACGUGGAUCACUUUCAGCUAAAUACUUUGAUCGCGUCAAUCCCAUGGAGCGCCACAUCACUGAAAUGUCGGAACUUACUGAAAUUGGCAGUGGUCCAAUGGCAGCACAAAUUUUCGGCAAUGCUGGCAAAGAACAUAUGCGCAAAUAUGGAACAAAACCUGAGCACUUCGGUAAAAUCGCUUGGAAGAAUCAUAAACAUUCCGUAAAUAAUCCUUAUUCUCAAUUCCGAGAUGAAUACACACUGGAACAGAUUAUGCGCUCACCGGAAGUGGUAGAGGGAGUUCUUACAAAACUACAAUGCUGUCCAACAUCGGACGGUUCGGGAGCGGCCAUUUUAGCAUCGGAACAAUUCGUGCGCCGUCACGGCUUGGAAUCACAAGCUGUGGAAAUAGUUGGCAUGGAAAUGGCCUCCGACCCCGAAUCCACUUUUGCUGACAAAAGUCUCAUGAAAAUAGCUGGCUAUGAUAUGACCCGUUUAGCAGCGCAACGUCUGUUUGCUAAAACAAAUUACAAACCACAGGACGUAAAUGUGGUUGAAUUGCAUGAUUGCUUCUCAGCAAAUGAGCUGAUCACUUACGAAGCCUUAGGUUUGUGUGAAGAAGGCAAAGCUGGUGAAUUAAUCGAUCGCGGCGACAACACAUACGGUGGCAAAUACGUUAUAAAUCCGAGUGGUGGAUUGAUUUCCAAAGGGCAUCCUUUGGGAGCCACCGGACUGGCACAAUGUGCAGAGCUUUGUUGGCAAUUGCGUGGUUUGGCUGAAAAACGUCAAGUUGCUGGUUGCAAGCUGGCAUUGCAACACAAUUUAGGUCUGGGCGGCGCCGUAGUUGUGGCUUUGUAUCGUAUUGGUUUCCCAGCCGCGUCGAACGUCAGUCACAAUUUAACCGCAGCAAAGACUGCUGACAAUUCGGAAGGUUUUCAAGUAACCCCAUUGCUUAAACUACUUGAAAUCGCGAUGCAAGAAGAUCAAGAUAAUCUAAUAGAAAAAGUGCGUGCUGUAUACGGAUUUAAGGUAACAAACGGACCAAAUGGGAAGACUGGAUUUUGGGUGAUUAAUGCUAAAGAAGGCAAAGGCAAAGUUAUAUUCAAUGGCAGUGAUAAAUGUGACGUCACGUUCACUAUCAACGAUGCUGAUGUUACAGAAUUGAUCACGGGCAAAUUACCGCCACAAAAAGCUUUCUUCCAAGGCAAAGUCAAGAUACAAGGCAACAUGGGCAUGGCAAUGAAACUUUUGGAAUUGCAAAAGUCUGCUCAAUCUCGCAUCGAUACUUUGAAAGCAAAGUUGUAAGAGAUUGACGAAAUCUUGUUUGAAUUAGUUUCAAGCCUACACUUUUUAUUUCACAAUUUGUUUUUAAACUUAAUUGCGGAGAAGGGUCCCAAUCAAUUCCAAUUUUUAUACUGGUAUGCAGUGUAUGAUACUUAUAUAGUCUGUUAGGAAGUGUUUGUGUGUAAAGGAUGAAAACAUGUGUUAAACACGUCAUAUUUUUAAAUUGUACAUUAUACUUACUGUUUUUUAUAAACUAUGAUAAAGGUGAAAUAAAUGUUUUAUGAAAUACAAAUGUACAUCAAAACAUUAA